AUGGACUCUAGGCAUGAUGAACAUAGAAUGGAUGUGUUCUAUAUAUAGGAUAUAGUGCAAAAAUUACAUAUUAAGAAUCAAAGGAAUAAAGAGGAACUUGGAUAUAUUUAAGAGAAAUUAUUUGCAAGAAUUUAAAAAAAUGAAGAUGCUAUUAUAGCAUUGAGGAGUGAAGAUAAAAGUAAAAUCUUGGGAAAUUUAAAAAAUUUAAGAGAGCAAUCUGAAUUUUUAUCUUCAGAAUUAGUUGAGAGAAAUAACUUAGACGCUUAUGAUGAAUUAUUUUUCAGUAAUAAAAUUGAUAUUUUCUGUUUAGGUUCCAGAUAAUAAAGAAAAUUUGAAAAAUUAAUUGAACCUUCCAAUAAAGAAAUCAAAGAGUUGUUUAAAAGUCUAAUUGAUAAUAAUAUUUUUACAUAAUGCUAAGUCAGAUGCCCUCAACACAAUGCAAAAAUAGUGAAUGCAUUCAAUUUAGAAUAAAAUGUUCCUAAAAAUUAAAGAUUAUUAUGUGCAUAAGACAGCCAGAAUGCAGCUUAAAACUUUUAAAUAUGCGAAUAAAAAUUGAAGGGAUAUUGUGAAUAAGAAAAACUAUUUGCAAAGUUGUUAAAGAUGAAAGAUUUCAUAUUUUCAUUACGAUUUAAGGUGGAUUGCAUUACAAAUAAAAUUCUGGCUUAAAUUUAAAGCUCAAUAAACUCACAUCAAAAUUUUUUUCUUGAUUGUUAAAAGCAAUUUAAUGAUCUAUACCGAUUAGUUGAGCCGAUUCCAAAAGAAACCUAUGAAAAUAUCGCUGAGUUUUUAUCAAAAAUCGGAUAAUUGCCUUUUGAUGACACAUUCAAAACAACAAUUGGUAAAUUUGAUACAAUUUUGGAUAAUUUUGAGAAAUCGAUAUCGGCUACUUACAUGGAAUUUGGUGAUUUUCUGAAUAAAUUAGUUCCUAAAAUAAUAAAAAUAACGGUUGAAAUAAUUAUAAAUAACAAUACGCAAGUUUAUCAUCUAGAAGUUUCAUCUAAUGCAAAAUUAUUAGAUUUAUUCAAUUUCAUUAAGGAGGAAAUGAAAUCUCCCAAAACCGAAAUCAACAUUGAAUAGAUGGAAAUUGCCAUAGAAAGGACAUAAAUUAAAAUUGAUGGUAAUAAUUUGAAUCAGUCUCCAUAAACUUAUGUUCUAAAACACGAACAAUUUAUAGAAUUUUAUAUUAACUAAUGA